AUGUUGUUCCGCUCCAAUUGGCUGUCGGCGAUCACCUACAAGAUGCGCGUGCCUUAUGGUGUCAAGCAGAGCGACACCUACCGGCAAGCGAAGAAGCAGACGAAGCUCGCUUCGAAAAACGCGCGGAAGAUGAAGGAGAGCAAGGGCUUACUGUUGGAAGGCAAGAAGAGCUCGAUGUAUAUGAAUAUGAUGCAGAAUACAGGCAUCGCGUGGUACCGCAGUCUGCAAGUAUGCAAGCACCUCGAGAUGCACUGGCGAGCUCCCACGCCGCCGGUUACCGCUCGCCUGCGGGAGCGCGUCGCCCAGGCCGUCGCCGUCGUCAAGCAGGGGCGAUAA